AUGACACAGCUGUCGGACUAUGCGGGGCCGACUCCCGGCAAAGGGGACGACAACGGGGAGUCUAUUGAGGAACGGUGCUUCUCCGCCGCUCUCAUCUGUCUCGAGGGCCAUUUCACACAGUCUCCUCCCAUGGGGCCUCAGACAGCUGCUCGCGUGAACUCUAUGAUAUCAAAGACUCUCGAGAAGACCCAUACGCUUAGGACAGCCCGGGGAGUGAGCCCUCAAGAAAGCACUGCCUUGAUUGUUAUGAAUCAUGCGUCUAUCAAGGAGGAUCUUGGAACCUUGAUCAAGCUGAUGCACAUUGCAAGGAACUUGCUGGUCAAUGCAGAGCCAGAGGUCCCUCAGGAUAUUUGCGCCGCUGUACAUUUUGAUCAGAUGGUCUAUCAGACAAUUAUUCUGUGCGUCAACGUCACCAGUAAGGGAUACGAUGGGGAGAUUUUGGAUGAGACGCAAAGGUUAAAAUUGGCUGAUAUUACAGAAUUAUAUAAAAAAUUGUUGGUUACGUCGCUUCAGCAAGCACAUAAUUGGACUGCCAAGCACGACCGCAACAAGAUGUCAUUCUGGUUCGACGUACUUUUCGACGAAGAUGAAGGCGCUUUUGGCGGCAAUGAAGAUGGUUUAGGUGACGGAUCUGGCUUCCGGCCGGAUGUGGCCAAGCAACAAGUUCAGCAUUGGCUCGACCGCAACUCAAGAAUGUGCGAUGCUGCGAGAAAACUUCUCAAGGACUACGCCCAGAACCACGCAGAUAAGCCGCCAGGUAACUUGGCACCUAUUCGACCACUGGCUUGGAACUGGCUCCCCGAAGGCUCAGUCAACAUGCCUGGCGACUUGGAGGACAGCAAUGAAAAGAUGAAUCCCGUCUGGAAGCCUGAUGAGACGGACAACUUUGAACAGGACAGGGCGUACGGGCGUGUAUCUAGGGAAAUAGAUACUUGGUGGUUACGUGCUCGUGAUCCCAACUACGAGCAAUGGGUGGUCAGCAUGCCAUCUGUGGAGCUUGCUCAAUCAAGAACCGAACACUGCAAGACGAAUUUGAUCCAUCGGUAUGCUCAUUCAUACAGGGGAGAUCACUCACCACCUCCGGAGGCGGCGGACGAUGAGCUUUCAGACCAUGAGCACUGUCAUCAUUGCCCAGAAUGCCACGAGUGUCACCAUCAUCAUGACGAUGAAGAAGAUGAGGAGCACGAGCACGAGCAUGAGCAUGACGACGAACCUGUAUGUGAACACAGCGAUCAUGAACAUGACCAUGACCAUGACCAUGACCACGGACAUGAGCAUGAACAUGACCCGGAGUGUGAGCAUCAUCAUCACCAUCACCACCAUCAUCAUCAUCACCACCAUCACCAUCAUGAUCACGAGCAUGAACAUGACCAUGAUUACGUGCACGACUACGUCGACGACAUGAUUGACGAUGAGGAUGCCGACGACGACGAGUCGUACGGCGAUGGCCCACUGACUGGUCUCCUCACCGAAGUACCCAAUAUUCUGGACCCAAAGCAGAUUGAAGCCCUUCAUAUGAUCGUCAAGUCAUGUAUCCUGGACAACGCCGGGUCUGGUCUUACCCGAGCUGGCGAAAACUUGCAAAAGACAAGAUGCAGGAUGUUUUUGGCACUCGACUGCGGCAAGUGUCUUUUGCGAGAGCUCCUCGUCUUCAUCGCUGUCUGGAACAAGGAUGAGCAGUCGCUCAUAUUUCAAGUCACGACUCAGAUCGUCGAGGCUCUUCACCACAGCGCCUUGAUCCCGUACGCUUGGAACUGGCUUCGUAUUCCCAAGGAUAUCAUAUCCCCAGCACAAACUGUGCUGCUACGACUGGUUAACCACAUGUUUCGAGCCAGAGUGAACAACAACAGCAACAACGCCGCCAACAACAGUAACAACAACAACAACCCGGCUGCUGCCAAUACUAGCGCUUCCACUACCAAUGCCAAAGAUAACCCCUCACACGAUAAAGAUAAUUCUCGGGAUAUCAAGCUCGUCCACUUUUUCUUCAGCUACUUUCGCAGCCGCAUUGUUCCCGAAUGUGCUGCCCUCAUGCACCUGCAGGCUCAAAUUCGCGAAGACAGGUGUGAUGCAGCCGAGUUUCCAGUCGAUACGUGGGACAUGGAACGUGCUAAGGAUGGCCUUGGGCAAUACCUCGACUUCCUCACUACUGUGGCUGAAAUGAUGGACACGCGUGCCAAAUUGAUCGAAUGGGAAGCCAUCUACGACCUCAUCACUAUCCUGAGUGGCCUCGAAGCCGGUGUAGCUAAGAAGCCGUUGAUCGAACUCCCCAAGCGGUCGCCAUCCACAGCAUCCUAUCUCACACCAACUACGGCUACAGACCCCAUGGUUGAGCGCCCCUAUGCAACAGAAGCAGGAUCUCCGCCGCCAUCUCCGCCGCCACCUGACAUCGAAGAGCAAGCUCACAAGUACCCCUGGCCCUGCGUCAAAGGCCAAAUCUUCACCAUAUUGGCCACGCUCCUGCAACCACCACCAGGGCAGUCCAGCCCUGGAAACAGCCAGGUUCAGUCCCAGAUGGUUAAAUAUAACGGCAUCGUACCACUACUUAAUAGCUGUGCGUAUGAUGACCAUAACCCGUUUGCAAAGGAACGUGUAACCAUCUGUCUCAAAUGGCUGCUAGAUGGAUGUGAGGCAGCCAACAAUUUCUUCAGAGAGCUAGUCAGUAUGGCGCCGCAACCGAACUUGAAGCCUCCGCCGGCAGGGACAGCCGUCUCGACACUUAGAGUGGAUGGUAUUCAGGGUGAUAUUAAAGUGCAGGUACGGUCGAGGACGGCCCCGCCGGUAGGGAGGACAGGCGUCGUUGAGGUGGAUGAUGAUGAAAAGGAUUUGCUGCAGAGAGCGGCGGGGAUGAGUUUGAGUUCGGCGCCUGCUACGUCGAGGGGAAGUAUAGAGGAUGAUUUCAUGGCGUAG